UUUUCCAGCCAGCUUGUCUCCCGCGCCUCAUCACAUCCGAAAAAGCCCGUCUGUAGGCGCCACCCCGCCAGCCUCUGUGGGAGGAGCUUACCUUCAUCCUGCAGAAGUAAAGGAAUAACACUCUGCGACCAGCCACUAUGUGUGUCAGAGGACCGUCUGAGCUCCCAAAGUGGAUGACUUCUCCGAAUCUAGUGUUUGUAUUACUGACUGAGAUAAAAGAAAAUUUGGUUUGCGUCUCCGUCCCAAGUUAGGACGUGGUUUUUGUGGGAGAGAAUGCCGGCGAGUACGAGUAAAAACUCCGAUUUGGAGUUUGACUACUUGCAACCGUGUUUCUACCCGGACGAGGACGACUUCUACUUCUGUGGUCCUGACUCUGCACCACCGGGGGAGGACAUCUGGAAGAAAUUCGAGUUGUUGCCCACUCCGCCCCUCUCUCCAAGCCGCGCAGCGCUACAGGGAGAGCCGGUGAUCGGCUCUCCGGAAGCAGAUCCGCUUGGCUUUGGAUUGGGGGACCCGCUGGACUGGGCUUCCGAACUGCUGUUCCUGCCCGAGGACGAUAUUUGGGGAGCAUCGGAGGAUGGAGACCUGUUUGGGUCCGUUUUGGAUACAAACCCCAACAGCAUCAUUUUACAGGACUGUAUGUGGAGCGGCUUCUCUGCCAGGGAAAAACUGGAAAGGGUGGUCACGGAGAAGCUGGGCAAGGUGAUUUCUACGUCUUCAACGGGCGGGAGGAACGUGUACAUCAAGGCGCAGGAGGAGGCGAGGGGCAGCCCGGUGUCUGAGUGUGUGGACCCCACAGUAGUGUUCCCCUUCCCUGUCAACAAGAAGAACAGCAGCAGGGACACACCUGGGACCGUUAUGAUUGCCGCAAUCACCGCGAGCGCACACAGUGACUCAGAGGAGGACGAUGAUGAUGAAGAGGAAGAUGAUGAAGAUGACGAAGAGGAGGAGGAGGAGGAAGAGGAGGAAGAAGAAGAGAUAGAUGUUGUUACAGUGGAGAAAAGGCGCUCCACAGUCAAUAAAGCAUCAAUGCAAUCAGCAGCUUCAGUUCAUCUGAAAAGCCAAGAUGCAAGAGGAACCAGCCUGGUGAGCCGGUUCAGCAGCCGAGCCCCUCAGGAGCUCAUUCUGAAGAGAAGCUCUGUCCACCAGCAGCAACACAACUAUGCAGCCCCGUCACCGUAUGCCUCAGAUGAUGACCCUCUCCCACCUCCAAAGAAAGCAAAGACGUCAGACACACCGCGGCCUCCAACUAGAACAGCCUCCUCGUGUUCCUCCUCAUCCUACAGUUCAGUAAGCAGCACAUCUGGGUCACGAAACAAGCGCAGCAACAGUGGCGACAGCAGCCCACGAGGCAGUUCUGACUCCGAGGACAGUGAGCGCCGACGAAACCACAACAUCCUGGAGCGCCAGCGCCGCAAUGACCUUCGUUCCAGUUUCCUUACUCUGCGUGACCAUGUGCCAGAGCUGGCACACAACGAGAAGGCGGCAAAGGUGCUGAUCCUAAAGAAAGCCACAGAGUAUGUGAGUUCACUAGAGGUGGAGGAGCUGAGGCUGCAGCAGGAGAAGGACAGACUCCAGUCUCGCAGGCAGCAGCUGAUGCGCAGACUGGAGCAGGCUAGGACUCGCUAACAGACAUCAGCCACAACAACGAAACACUCACAUACACCCCGGAUGACCCCACCCACCUACAACUCCUGCCUCAAGUCAGUCUGAAAUAUGACAGGCUUACAUCCCAAAGGACAGGCACAGAGGCCCACACAACUGUUGCACACUCAAACAGACGUCAGAGGAUCUUGAUGCAGAAAUGUCAACAGCUGGAGGAGGAGGGGGGUGGGUAAAGGGAAAAGGGGGGUUUCUGGUGGGUUUACCUGGACUUUCACUGCCGCCACUUUUUUUGCACAUUUGUUGACAUUAAGAAUGUUUAGGGUUUUACUUUACAAUCCAGUCACAUCGAGGAACGAUUAAAAGAGAAUGGACGGGGAAAAAUAGGUGAUGCUUUUUCAGGCGACCUUUCGCCUGCUUUUUAUAUCAUUUCUAUUUGUUUUUUAUUUUGUACUCACUGUGACACCAGCCUGGAAUUUUUUCGAUUCCGUACAGGGAUGUGUGUUAGAGGGCACUUUGCUUGGAGACUUCAUAUACAAGAAGCGGUGCACACUUAUUUUGCCUUCACCACUGCAAAGACUUUUAUGACUGAGGCAUUAUGGGUCACAGAAGCAAUGCCACUACAGGUUGUCUUUGUCUCACUCCUCACACUGGUGCUCAAAACCAAGUCAGUGGAUGUAUAACUGUGCACCUUGCUACCCGACACUUUUGUAUAUAACAGUGUACAGACAAAAUACAUUCAUAUCUGCCUUGUUUUGUAAGAGUUUGUCCCUGUUUUUACUUUUUUAUAUAUAUGAAUAUACAAGUCAGGAAGCUGCCAAUAGACUGGAAGUUUAUAUACAUUUAAAAGUACUGUAAGGCCUCAAUUCUGAAGGUCAUAAAACUUUGUAAUAUAACUUUUUUUUCUCUCUUUUUGUAUUCUACCCUAUUACUAAUUCUUCCCAUGUUUAUGCUUUUAGUGUGAACUUGAUACAUACUAAAUUUAAUACUUAUAUUUUCGUAUGAAAAUGAGUUUCUGCUAGAUAUCAGUUUAUCUUUUUCUCUCAUAUCUCUGAUAAUUCUUUUGUACAACAAAUUUGUCCCAUCCUCAAAUACCUGGACUCUUUUUUUAUUGGUUUUGUUUCCCCCUUUUUUGUUUAUGUUUGUAACUAUUGGGUGCAUAGAACUGGGUAAACUGAUAUAAAACGUUUUCUUCUUUUAAUUUUUAAAAAUGUACAUUUAGUGCUGCAACUCAUAGCACUUUGAAAUACCUCAUUUUUUUGGAAAAAUAAAUAGAAUUCAUGAAAUCAUCA